ACGGCGGCGCUGCACCAGUCGGCGAUGAUGGCGGCGAGGCUGGGGAAGGCGACGGCGGCUCCAACUGGACGGCGACGACCGGCUGGGGAAGGCGACUGGCGGCGGCGACUCUGGCUUGCGCUACGCCGGGCAGCGACGAUUGGCUGCGGCGAGGCUGGGGAAGGCGAGCGACGGCGGCUCUGGAGUCUCGGCGACGGCGGCUGGACCUGGCGGACGGUUCCCAUGACAUUGUUCGUAGCUCUGGUGUCAUGUCCGUAAAAUUAAAGGUUCAUAUUCCCU